GCUCCACCCCCCUCUCACUGUUUAUCGAUCUCUCACUCUCUCUCUCUCUGCUUAUCUCUCUCUUCUCUCCACCACCAGCUAAACUCCACCCUCUGACAGAACCAGGAAAUCAAUCCUUCUCCCACAACAGUUGUUAUUCUGGAGAAACGAAACUCAUCAUUCUUUCUUUCGCUCCCUCUCCCUCUCCACUUGUGUUUGUGUGUGAGAGAUAGCGACCGUCACUACUACUCCAGCAUGGCCCAGCAGGCAAUUGUGCUGGACCAGGACCAGUUCUCCUGUUCCAUCUGUUUGGACCUUUUAAAGGAUCCUGUCACCCUCGCCUGUGGCCACAGCUACUGUAGCAGCUGUACCGAGGGCUACUGGGACCAGGUUGAGCAGAAGGGAAUCUACAGCUGCCCCCAGUGCAGACAGAGCUUCACUCUGAGGCCUGCUCUGAAAAGGAACAACAUGCUGGCUGAGGUGGUGGAGAAGCUGAAGGAGAGGGGAGGAGCCCAGGCCGCCCCCUCUGAGCUGACCAGUCCAGCUGGGCCAGGAGAGGUGACCUGUGACCUCUGCACUGGGCCAGGGAAUGAGAGAGCCCUCAAGUCCUGUCUGGUGUGUUUGUUGUCCUACUGCCAGACUCACCUCCAGCCCCACUACCAGGUUCCUAAGAUGAAGAAUCAUAUGCUGGUGGAAGCCACGUCUGGACUGCAGGAGAUGAUCUGCUCCAGUCAUGACAAGCUACUGGAGGUCUUCUGUCGGACAGACCAGCAGUGUAUCUGCAUACUGUGUACCAUGGAUGAACAUAAAGGCCAUGACACGGUGUUAGCCAAAGCUGAGAGGAAGGAGAAUCAGGACAAGCUGAUCCAGAGUCAGCAGGAAGUCCAGCAGAGAGUCCAGCAGAGAGAGAAGGAGCUGAAGGAGCUUCAACAGGCUGUGGAGUCUUUCAAGCGCUCUGGCCAGGCAGCAGUGGAGGACAGUGAGAGGAUCUUCACUGAGCUGAUCCUCUCCAUUGUGAGAAGGCGCUGUGAGGUGAAGGAUCUGAUCAUAGCCCAACAGGGGGCAGCAGUGAGUCAGGCUGAAGUACUGCUGGAGAGACUGGAGCAGGAGAUAGCUGAGCUGAGGAGGAGAGACGCUGAGCUGGAGAAGCUCUCACACACAAAGGACAACAUCCACUUCCUCCGGAACUACCAGUCUCUCUGCAGUAUCAGUGUAUCUUCAGAUGUCCCCAGCAUCUCUGUUCCUCCUCUUCAGUACUUCAAACAUGUGACUGAGGUGGUCUCUAAGCUGAGAAACAAACUAGAGGAGCUGAUCCAGAGCGUGUGCUCCAACAUCUCCACCACAGUCUCCACAGUGGAUGUGUUCCUGCCUCCAGAGCCCAAGACCAGAGCAGACCUCUUACGAUAUUCCUGUAAGCUCACACUGGACCCAAACACAGCAUAUACAGCCCUCUCUCUGUCUAAGGGGAACAGGAAGGUCACACGUCUAAUGCAGCAGCAGCCAUAUCCUGACCAUCCAAAGAGGUUCACCAGGCUUUGUCAGGUGCUGUGUAGAGAGGCUCUGUCUGGACGCUGUUACUGGGAAGUGGAGUGGAGAGGUGGGCGUGUUGCCAUAGCAGUGUCACAUAAAGACAUCAGCAGAACAAACGUUAACGAUGGCUUUGGUCACAAUAACAAGUCCUGGAGGUUACUGUGCUCUAGUGAUGGUUACACGCUCAGACAUAACAUAGUUGUUACUGCAGUAUCAGGCCCUCAGUCCUGCAGAGUAGGAGUGUACCUGGAUCACAAGGCAGGUACUCUGUCCUUCUACAGUGUCGUCUCUGACUCAGUUAACCUCCUCCACAGAGUCCAGACCACCUUCACCCAAACACUCUACCCUGGGUUUGGGAUGGGUAACGAUGGUACCAGUGCAGAGAUUAUGAAGCUGUGGUAGAGGGUCUUGUAGAGGAGUGAUACCUUCAUACAAUCAUACACAACCCUGUCAUUGUUUUAGUUGGUUUAUAAUCAUAGUUUUUUUAGUUGUAUCAUUUCUGCUAUUUCACCUUGAUGAUUGUAUAUGAUCAUUUAGUCUCGGCACUACUGGACAAUAGAAAUCACUGUCUACUUGCUGUCCUGCUACUCGGUAAAUAGAGUUUUAACUGUAAGUCGGGACUGCACCCGACUACAUCAAGUCUCUCCUGCAGCCUUAUGCCCCCACCUGCCACCUACGGUCUUCUUCAGACA